AGCCCGCUGGAGUGGAACAGGUGCUGCAGUUGAACCGCGGAUGGCUGGAAGAGCUUGAGGACAGGACGGUAAACGAGACCAAAGGUGCAACCGUGGAGCAGCUCGAACGACUGUACUGCGCUUUGCUCAAUGUUGCUCGCCAUCACAGGCGCUCUUGGGACCGCAAUGUCAUGCUCCUGGAAAUGGCUCAGCAACUGGACUCCUUCAAGAGCCUAUUAAGUCUCCAAACACAGACAUAGCAUUGGCUCAAGCGUUCUCACUGCCAGCCUGAAAUAUUUAAUGCCAACUGGCGCAAGAAAGAGGGAAGGGUCUGCCGUAGCGCCAUCCCCUUACGAAGGAGUCACAGGCAGCCUACUACCACCACCUCAGCACUGCCAAAACAACGGGUCCACAUGCGUCAAUCGUCAAGCAGACAAACGCGCAGCAAGACGCGUGACACGCGUUCCAGCCGUUCAAGACCACACCGUUUCUCCUGAGCUGAUGCCUUUCUAAGCACACUGCCCCGGGCUGUCGAGAAUCUUCUGGUGUCUCUCUGGUACGACGCAGAUGGACAGUAAUAAAUAAAUAAGCUGCCACAGCUUUUUCUUUCUUUCUACUAGCACUGUGGAUACGUGUGUGUGUGAUUGUGGCACUGGGAACCUAUUUCUUCUGCUGUGCGUGCCAUAUGUGUUGUGACCGUGUGUAGGCGUUUUCAAUGUUCUUAUUGCCUUUACAUUCUUUUGUUUCUUUGUUUACCUUAUGUCUGUGCUGUGACGUGAGGCAGGGCUCAACUCUCGACAACUUAAGGGGACACAGUUGAGAGUGGUCGGGUUCUUUCAUUGUGGGCGGAUAGGUGGAGUGUACCGGGGUUCUGCUGUCCACGUUCUGACAUCGGUGGGUCAUAGGCUUCUGUCUCGUUGCAGCCAUAGUGGUGGCGUGUCAAUCAUCUGUGCUGCACUGUGGAUACCUCAAACCCAUUUAUUUAGUGCAAAAAGUGGGCUUUAUCGUUAUGAAACCCUGUGCGGGAUUCAAGCUGGAGAGAAAAGGAGCACAGUUCGGAGCAUUCAUUUUGGGCCCGUCACAGGCAUCGGAAAGUGGCCAGCCGAGUCGUAUGUUCGAGUCGGGGAAUGUAGGCUUAGAAUUUAGGCCUAGCGUUUAGGCUUAGCAAAUGUAGGUCCUACAUUUCUGUCUCAGAGCGCCUCUUUCACUUUAUAUCUGUAGCUUGUAUCCCACGCAGGGUGCUACAUCGAAAUUGGGCAAAGUAUGCAUUGGCGUAGCAUGGCAUAAUGGUGCAAGUGACGAUCACAUGGAAGAACACUAGAACUUAUCUUUGUGGGAUCAUCUUGGCACUGUCAUGUCUUCCUUACAUGAAACUUAACCAAUCCGCCAAAGAGAUUUGCUGUAAUAAUUCAUACUGUGAUCGAUGCUGUAAAGAGGUAUUUGCAUCCAGAGCCACGAUUUGGACUAUCUUGACAACUCGGCCUUGUUUUCACUGCACACUGAACUGCUUGCAGGCUGUAGCAGGAGCGCGGUUAUCUCUCUCCAUGCAACAUGCGUGUGUCUGUUAAUGAAACAUGUUGUUUUGCUCAAUGUGAUGUCGAUUCUUGAUAUAGUAUACACUACAUAGAUGCCUUUGAUCUGAAAGCUUAGUGAGCUGGACUUGUCUUGGUUGAAAGUUUCAGUAGGAGAUUUUCGAUUGAACUAGCAGCGUCGUCGUAUGCGAAGGUUCACUCAACAGUGAAAUGUGGCUAGUCGGGUGCACCUGUUUUUUGUUUGGCAUUCAAAAGUUCCGUGCACUGGUGCUGCACUGGAUGUCAGGGCUGUGAAAAUGGCUUGUUCCAGUGCAUGCAUCAUCUCUGGAGGUCUUGCAAAUGCUGUUUGGCAUAGGUUUUUUAGUGAGAGGUGGGGUUAACUUCACUUGUUUGGUUAUGUGAUGUUUACAUUAUGUGGCAUGUGGACACAGUGGAAAAUUUUACAUUAAUGGCAGAAGGUGUUAUCCACGGGACCAGCCAUGACCGGUCUUAAAGUUGUAAAAAAUGCCAAAUGAGCCCUUAUAACACUGCUCUAAGGUGUUUUUUAUUUGCCUCCUAGGUAACAUGUUCACCCUUAAUGAUGUAAAUUUAUUCUGUACACCUUGGUUGGGAGUUCUACACCCUUAAUGGUGCAAAUUUCUUCUGUAUACUUUGGCUGGGAAUCCUACACCCUUAAUGGUGCAAAUUUCUUGUAUACACCUGGCUACAAAUUUACACCCUUAAUGGUGCAAAUCUCUUGUGUACACUUUGGCUAGGGAUUCUACACCCUUAAUGGUGCAAAUUUCUCAUGUACACCUUUAGGAGAGAAUGCAGUCUGGCAAGAAAGAGCUAGUGUCUGGCAACCCAGUAGUGUGCUUGUAUUUGCGAUGAGUGUACACUUGCUAAAUUGAACCUUGCUAGAAGAGAUACCUCCUGAAAGGUGUGAAAUGAGGGUUCACAGUUCAAGCAAAUUUGGUGCUCGACUUCACAUGUGGGAAACUGGCAAAAAUUUUGAACAGGGAAGCAAGAGCUGAAUUUCAUGAUAGUUUGUAUUGGGUGAUUAGCUCUAAUCAACCACUGUGUUUCAUGUGAUAGUUGUUUAGGGUAAUGACUAUGAUGAAACUGUAAGUGUCUAUAGUGGGGUUACGAUGUGCAUUUGGAUAAAGGAUCAAUUGAAUUAACAGUAUGUGCACUGGUGCUUGGGUGAAUAUACUGUGAAAUGCAUUCGGUGCUGUGCAUCAGCAAUAGUCUGGUUUGGCAGCAUUUGCAGCUGCGUAAGCUAAGUUCAUAGUGUACUUUUAGCCCUGGCAUGCGUGUUAUCAAUAUUAGUUUACUACAUUCUUGUUGUCAUGCACUUUCACAUUUAAAAGUGGCACGCUCACUUAUAUUUCUGAUACUGUUGGACGAGGAUAUUUCUUUUUAUAUGUAUAAAUGUGUAGUGUCCGAGACGAGCUGAACGCAUUCCUCAUUUUGAUCUUCAGCCCGCUGGACAUCAUUUUGUAGGUCUGUUUGUGACUGUGUAAAGGGCCCUUGUGAAGUGCGGACUGUUUUGUGUGUGUGUUUCAACUGCUUUAUUUUAGCAAUUUUCAACAUCUCUGCUAUACAUUGCAUGGUUCAGUUGAUGCGACGUGUUUUGAUGUAAUCUGUUUCCAGAGUGAAACAGGUUUUUCAUUUCUCCUCCCCCCCCCCCUCUUUUUUAUUGCUUUUGGUCAGGCAUUUCGUGUCGAUGCCAAAGAAAAAUAAACGCGUGUUGUAAAGUUACCAUUCUGCAACGCAACGGAUUUGCUGCUCUUACUACAACGGCCACGUGUAGGAAGCUUUGUGAUAGGAUUGACAGUGUGCGAGAUCAUUACUGGAAUUUUUUUUUCGAAGGUGGUGUGGCAAAUCGCGCAGUCUCAAGGGAGGCUAGUGCGCCAGUCUUUUCUGAUUUGAUGAAUUCUUUUUUGGACUUUUCCACCAAUGUUCACUGGUGUGGCCAUUCACUCCUCUGAGGGCACUUUGUUGUGUUGAGAGAAGCGAGGCAUUUCCAUUACUAAGCACUAUCACUGACUAGGGCAGUUCCGUUAGGGCUAAUUUUAACACUCGCACCCAGAGACUGCCUUUCUUUCAUUCUGUACAAAGCCUCCUAGUUCGUGUUUAAGGUGUUAAGCAAUUUGAAUGCGGCACCAAGUGGUGGUGUACUGGUGCCCAGCAGUAAACCAAGUUCAGAGUACAUCACGAGAGCUGGAAUCGGAAGGGCCAAGAGCGUUAUCCGCAUGUGCGGUGUACUUUUUGUGGGAGUUUCGAGGUGUAAACACUGCCACGAACUUACUGAGCCAACGCCAUUGAUAAUGUUCAAAUGCUGCUGGGACAGUGGUCAGGGAAAAUGGUGCCGCCACUGCCAUUUGAUGGGGCCGUCUACCUCGUGUUGUGAAUGAAAAGGUGAAUAAAGAAAUUGAAUCUUGUA